AUGCAGGUCGGCGGCGUCCGUGGCGGCGGAGGGGACUCGGCGGACUUGCGGGGCCGCCACCGGAUCCAGGCCGAGCUCAAGAAGCUCGAGCAGGAGGCGCGCUUCCUCGAGGAGGAACUUGAAGAGCUUGAGAAAGCAGAUAAGGUAUCAUCUGCAUUGCAAGAGUUUCUAACAGCAAUGGAAAGGAAAGCUGACCCUCUACUUCCUGUAUCUACUGGACCUAUGAAUCAGUCCUGGGAUAGGUGGUUUGAAGGUCCACAAGAUCUGCGCAGAUGCAAAUGCUGGUUUUUGUGA